AUGAAGUAUUUUUCAUUUGGAUUCGGUCGCGCCUUCUGGCGCCGAGAUCCAUCCCCCUAUCGAGCUAUCCGACCAUCAAGUUUCAAGACUCUCGACCCAACCAAAAAGGUUGAAGAGGAGCGAAUGCCUGCUUAUGAUCUAGGCCUCUUCUAUCCUGUUCGGUUUGGGGAUACAUUUCAGACUCGGUACCAAGUUAUCAGCAAAGUGGGGUUUGGAGCGACUUCAACCAUUUGGCUCUGCCGUGAUAUCCAGAAACAUCGCUAUAUUGCCCUGAAAAUCUUCAUUCAAGACUGGAGAAAGAAUCGAGAAGUCGAAGUCUUAAGUCGGCUUUCGGAGCUAAAAACGAGACAUGAUGUGAAUGGUCUCAUUCGUACCAUGCUCGAUUCUUUCGAAAUAGAAGGUCCUAAAGGCAAAUACCAAUGCAUUGUCUUCGAGCCUCUUAUGACGAGUUUGUUACAUUUUCAGGAGACUAUGGACUCACCAAGUUUGCCGGAAAAUUUAUUGAAAGCACUGUUGGAACAACUACUUCUCGCCUUGGAGUUACUUCAUUCUGAGGCUGGGGUUAUUCAUACUGGCAAGCUCCCCCUUUUUACAAGCGGUCAUGCGUCUUCAAAAUCGCUAACAUCAUAUAUCUCAAAUGUAGAUAUCCAGGCAAAAAAUAUCAUGAUUGGUACCCGCGACAACUCCAUUUUUAGCGACUGGGAAAAGUCGGAGAAAGAGAAUCCAAGUUCACGCAAAGUUCUUGAUAGCCACACAAUCUAUGAGUCUCAGCCUUUCCGCCGAGCAAAUGCUCUGAGCAAAUUCGGGCUGCCGCUCCUCUCCGAUUUCGGUGAAGCCCGAAUAGGGAAAGUGCAUACUGGUUUGAUUCAGCCGGAGUUGUAUAGAGCGCCGGAGGUCAUUCUUGAGAUGGAGUGGACAUCCAAAGUUGAUAUUUGGAAUGUUGGAACGCUCAUCUGGGAUUUAUUUGAAGACGGUCAUUUAUUCGAUGGCAGAGGGCCUGACAAACAGUAUUCGGACUUGCAUCACCUAGCUGAAAUGACAGCAAUUCUCGGUCCUCCACCGACGAGCUUUCUGCGCAAAUCCCCAGAAAGCCAAAAGUAUUGGGAUCAAUCUGGUAUUCGAGUCUCCAUUCCGUACUUAACACCGUUUCGGGCAUGUUUAACAUAUACACAGGUCAAUGGAAGGGAGAAGUCAGUGUCCCUGAAUUAUCGUUAG